GCAUUUCAAUUAUUUCUUUUUUGGUAUUUUGAUAGACUUGCUUCAUUUCAAAAAUUUGGAGCAUUUGGACUUAAGUUUUUCUAUUUUCGAGAGUGGGUUUCAUCUACAAAGCAUUGGAAUGAUGAGGAAUCUUAAAACUCUAUCUUUGCUAAAUUGUAGACUCACUGGAUCCAUACCUGCCGACAGAGGUCUUUGUGAAUUAAAGUAUCUGCAGCAACUAGAUUUUGGAGGAAAUAAUUUCAAUGGUAGCUUGCCAUGGUGUCUAGCAAAUUUGACAUCCCUUAAACUAUUUGAUCUCUCUUAUAAUAAUUUUAUAGGAGAUGUUGCUUUAUCUCCUCUUCGGAGUUUAACAUCCCUUAAAUACCUAAACCUCUUUGGAAAUCUCUUUCAAAUCCCAAUCUCGCUCUCUCCAUUUUUCAACCAUUCAAAGCUCAAUUAUUUGGAUUGUCAAGAAAAUAAAAUAUAUGUGACAAUGGAUGAUCAUAAUUUGACUCCAAAGUUUCAAUUAGACAUUCUCAAAUUAUCUGGCUAUCAUUUAUAUGGUAGUGGAAAGCUUCCCAAGUUCCUCUAUCAUCAGUAUAACCUACGAGUAGUCGAUCUCUCACACAAUAGAAUUCAAGGGAAAUUUCCAAAGUGGUUGUUAGAGAAUAAUACAAAACUAGAGGAACUUCAUUUAGCCAAUAAUUCUCUUUCUGGGUCUUUUCAAUUACCUACUCAUUCUCUUUUGAAUUUAUCAAUACUGGAUGUCUCUGAUAAUUGCUUGUAUGGGUACCUUCCAAAAAAAAUGGGAAUAUAUUUUCCAAAGAUAUAUUUUCCAAAGUUGAGAGAUUUAAACAUGAGAAGAAAUAGUUUGAGUGGAAACAUUCCCUCUUCAUUUGGAAAUAUGAGCUUAUUGACAAAAUUAGACUUAUCCGACAAUAAUUUAUCAGGGAGUAUACCAGAGCAGUUGACCAUGGUUUGUAUCUCAUUAAAUGAACUUAUACUUUCAGAUAAUUCUUUGCAAGGACAAAUAUUUCCUGAGAGUGCUAACUUGGAAUAUUUGGAAAAAUUACUUUUGGAUGGUAAUCGAUUGAGCACAAGUAUACCAAAUAGUUUGUCUAACUGUACUAGGUUGAUAAUAUUUAAUGUCAGUGAUAACCAUCUCUUUGGAAAUAUCCCAAAAUGGAUAGGAAAUAUGUCUUCUCUUGAAAUUUUAGAUCUUUCACUCAAUAGUAUCUCUGGAAGCUUAUCAUCCAAUUGCCCUAAUUCUUACCUAAGAGAAAUUCAUUUGUCAAAAAAUAAGCUGCAAGGAUCUUUCAGAAAUGUUUUUAGUGAUUGUUCCAGUUUGAUGGUGUUAGACUUAAGCCCUAAUAAGUUGAUAGGAAAAAUUCCAACAUGGAUUGUCAACAUUUCUAGGUUGAGCUAUAUUUUGUUAAGUCAUAAUAAUUUUAUUGGUGAACUUCCAAUUCAAUUAUGUGGGUUAGAACUAAGCUUGGUUGAUUUUUCUCAUAAUAAUCUUUCUGGUCAUAUUCUCCCAUGUCUGAUAUUGAGUAGUGAUUGGUCUAGAGAACUUGAAACUCAAUCUCCUGACCCACCACCUAUGCAACCUUUAGAAUUUACAAAUAAAAAUGCAACUUAUUCUUACCAACGGAAAACCCUCCUAUAUCUUUCAGGGAUUGAUUUCUCUUGUAACAGAUUUUCAGGAGAGAUUCCACCUGAAAUUGGAAAUCUUAGUGAAAUCCAAGUGCUGAAUUUGUCUCAUAACAUUUUGACUGGACCAAUUCCACAAACAUUUUCAAAUUCGAGGCAAAUCGAGAGUUUAAAUCUUUCUUACAAUAAUUUGGAAGGAAAAAUCCCCUCUCAGCUUACUCAAUUAUAUUCAUUAGCAGUUUUUAGUGUAGCACAUAACAAUUUAUCUGGCAAGACACCUGAGAGGGUUGCACAAUUUGCAACAUUUGAACAAGGCAGUUACGAGGGAAAUUCUUUCCUCUGUGGAUUACCUCUUCCAAAGCCUUGCGAUACAACCACAUCUCCGCCACUGAUGCCAACAACUUCAACGGAUGAAAAAGAAGAAAAUGGCUUCAUCGACAUGGGUGUUUUCUAUGUGAGUUUUGUGGUAUCUUACAUCAUAGUAUUUUUGGGAAUAGUUGCAAUUUUGUAUAUAAAUCCAUAUUGGCGUCGAGUAUGGUUCUACUAUAUAGAAUUGACUACCACCAAUUGCUACUAUUUUUUUGUCGACAAUAUUUCUUUCUUGUCCAAGUUUGGAGUUUCAUAA